AUGACGCGGUGGCGAAGGAAGGAAGAGGAGAGGAAUCGAGAGCGAGAGGAGAACGCCUCGCUACAGCGAAGGCGAGGGGGCCGGAGGACGAGGGGGUGGCGAAGGAGGGAAGAGGAGAGGAAUCGAGAGCGAGAGGAGAGCAUUUCUCGACGGCGAGAGCGAGAAGGCAGGAAGAUGAGGCAGCUGCGACGGCAGCGGGGGAAGGGUGAUCGGGAGCUAGAGGAGAGAAGAGAGGAGGAUGAGAAGGAACAGGAGGAGAACGUGAGGCGUUUAGCUACCAAAAAGGUCCUAGGAGAGACACGGAAAAUAACUUGGUCCUCUGCACCAUACCAAACAAUACCCUUGCAGCAGCAGCAGCAGCGGCAGCAGCAGCAGCAGCCCUGGCCGCCGGGGCCCACGGUCUACGCGGCUUCCAACGUCCGAGAUAUCGUCUCGGCAUUCCGCCUCUUCCUCACACCGGAAAUAGACAAAAUCAUCCUGGAGGAGACUAAUCGCGAGGGUUUUAGGAAAUACGGAAAAAACAGCUGGAAGCGGAUGGAUGAGAUCGACCUGCAUGCCUACAUGGGGCUGCUCAUCCUCGCCGGCGUGUACAGGUCCCGAGGUGAGGCCACCGCCAGCCUGUGGGACGCGGAGAGCGGACGUGCCAUUUUCCGUGCCACGAUGUCGCUCAAAGUCUUUCACGUUUACUUGAAGCUGGUGCGGUUCGACGACCGCGAAACGAGAGCGGAGAGACGCGCCUCGGACAAACUGGCGGCCGUGAGAAAGGUCUGGGACGCGUGGGUCGAGCGGCUACCAACCCUCUACAACCCUGGGCCUCACGUCACGGUAGAUGAGCAACUGGUUCCGUUCAGAGGACGUUGCUCCUUUCGACAGUAUAUGCCGAACAAGCCUGCCAGGUAUGGGAUCAAGUCGUGGGUGGCCUGCGAUGCCAGAUCCAGCUACGCUUGGAAAAUGCAAGUUUACACGGGGAGGAAGCCCAGAGGUGGCUCAGAGAAAAAUCAGGCGACGCGCGUGGUGCUCGACGUAACGGAGGGCCUGACGGGUCGCAGCAUCACCUGCGACAAUUUCUUCACUUCCUACGAACUUGCGCAGCGGCUCCUCCUCGAAAACAACAACACUUUGCUCGGAACGGUCAGAAAGAACAAACCCGAGCUACCGGACGCCCUGCUCGCGCUCCGAGGGAGACGGGUUCUCUCCUCCAAGUUCGCCUUCACACGCGACACCGCGCUGGUCUCCUACCUGGCCAAGAAAAACAAGAACGUGCUGCUGCUCAGCACGUUGCACGCUCGGACCGCCGACGUCGUAGGCCGACGGCAGCGUGCGGACAAUAAGCCCGCCGUCAUCCUGGACUACAACUCCAACAAAGGUGGCGUGGACAACCUGGACAAAGUCGUCACCACCUACAGCUGCAGGAGGAUGACGGCUCGCUGGCCCCUUGCCGUCUUCCACAACAUUCUCGACGUGUCCUCCUACAAUGCCUUCGUGAUAUGGAGGGAGCUCAACCCCGACUGGCUGCCCGGCAAGCGCAACAAGAGGAGGGUGUUUCUUGAGCAGCUAGGCAAGGCGGUUGUCGCCCUGCUCAUCGAAUGGAGGACUCAUCUGCCGAGAGCCGAAGCGGCCCCUGUCAACCCACCCAUCCCUGCGAGUAAGAGGAAGAGGUUUCAGGUCUGUCCCUCCAAGAAGGACUGCAAAACGUACAACGUCUGCCGUGACUGCGAGAAAUACAUAUGCAGACGCUGUGCGCUCCUGUACUGCCCCGUGUGUGCCAACUCCCCCUCCUCAUCUUUGGAGCAUGG